CACCGUGGCAGAAUUCAUCAGAUCGCUGCGAUGCCUAUCUUGCUAUCUUGGCGUGCAGCCAUCUGUCCUAGCCGCACAGACGCCUAUACGACGUGCGAAUACGCGGGAUGGCAUCUGCACAGGGCUCGAUUCCCCCACCAUGCAGCUGAGCUGAGGUGGCAAUUUCGGGAGCGGAACCCUGACAUGCAGGGCUAUCCAGCUCAACCCUAACCCCGUCCGUCACCUUUCUCCUGACAGGAGUCCCUGAAAGCCAGCCCCUGACCGUCACGUCGUGCAGUGAGCAUGCGCCGUAUCACCUGCGGCGAACCACUUCGGAACACCAUGUUGCCAAGGUCCGCUGGCUCUAGAAGUAGCUCUCCGGCAUCAGCAAUCUCCGUCACAGGCCAAACCAGCUCGGCACUCGGGCUUGAUCAUGUCCAGCCAGUCUUGGCAAACUCCGAACCGGUGGCGGACCCCGAGCAGAAGACGGACCCCAAGCUAAAGAUGGCUUACACUUGCGGACACAAGCCACGAAAAAAAGCUAGACAGGCUUGUCUUUUAUCCAACACAGCUCGCGGCGCCCCGAAUGUAUUUGGGGUUGCCGAGUACUCAUCGGGCCCUCAACCUAAAACGCUUCUCCAUCCCCUAUUCCACACCUGGGCCAGAAAGUUUCUUUCGCAUGUCAAGGAAUCAAGAAAGACUGUGGGAUGCUCCAGCAAGCUUUAUUGGAGUGCAGAUUCUUAUAAGGCCGCCGUGGCUGCUGCCGCCCGGCUACGCAGCAGCACUACCAGCCAAGUCGUCAUGUUUAACUCGGACGUCCCGAGAGCUUGUUCCCCUGAACUCCCUCAUCCGAAAGCUUCACCACCACCAUUCUACCAACCAAGCUUCCAGGCAUCACCAUGGAAGCGUUAACAAGGCCAGUCGUGUCUCCAAAUGAACCACAGAAUUAUCCAAAUAAAUGCCCAAGUCUCGAUGCGGCGGGUCUGCACACCCCCUCGAUAUGUCCUGGCCCGACAGGCAACCCUGUCGGGGUCAUCAACAGGAACAGAUCCGGGCUUCGCACAUGCUCGCUUUGAGGCUGAAAAAGAAAAAAGAAAAAAAAAGAAACCCACCAUACAAGUAACACUCCCGCGGCAUGGAAGUUGACACCCAGUCCCAGAGCCAUGAACCGGCACCAGACCCACCCGUCUUAAAGCUGAGCGCGGAGCUUGUGCUCUGCAUCGCCGACUACCUCUCGAUUGGGCAGAGCGCUGCUCUCUUUCUGACCUGCAAGCGGCUCUACCCCCUGAUACGCCGCCUUCGCUUUCGCGCCCUGCUGAGGGACCUGGCCAACGACCUCGAUGACGAAAGCGGCAACUCUCCAUGGAUCCACAACUCGGACCCAUGGGGCAGCGACAGCCUUCCCUACGGCAGCAAUUUGCCCCCGUGGCUCGACGACCCCUUCGCCGCCGCCGCCGCCGAGUCCCAAGACCGGCGGCUCGGGCGCGUGGCGACGACGGGGGAUCCGGAAGACGACCUCAUGGAGCUCCUGCGGCUGUUGGAGCGCGACACGCCCGGCCACUUUCUGUGCAUGACGGGCUGCCACAUCCUGCACCCCUACGACCAGCGCCGGGAUCGCUCCUUCACCUGCCCCUACGAGCCGCGAGACUGCGAGGAGGCCGAGUGCAGCACCUACGUGACCGGGUUCAAGCUAGUCCGUCCCCAGUACAUCAUCAGCGCGAGCCACAUCCACCGCACCUUCCGGCACGUGCGGACGCGCGGGUGGACCGGGUCGCCAGUCUCGAGCCUGGCGGCGUCGACGACCUGGUCCCAAUGGUCCGGCGGCCCGGGCGAGGACGACCCAUACUACUUCGACAGCAGCCGGACCUGGCGCAAGCUGGUGGUCGAACCGGUCGUCAAACGCUCAACGGGCCACGUCUUGGUCCACAUCGCGCAGCACUGCUGGACUUGGAACGGCGCCAACAACGACGAGACCCCGGGGCCCUUUCCUGCCAUCGAUCCCGACUCUUGCUGGGGAGACAAAGCGGACCCAGACGACGAAUUCGAUCUCUGGAACUUCCUGCCGGCGUCGCCCGAGCGCGCGUUCCAGGGGCCACGCCUGCCCUGGUGGGCGAACGAGCUGCUGGAGCCCUGCGUGCACAUGCUGCAGCGGGACGAAAUCGGCCACCUGAGGCAGCGGCUGUGCAAGAAGCCGUGGGGACCGCCGCGGCGGCAGGUCCUCCGCGCCAUUGAGGCUUUCAUGGCGGAGCGGGAGCGGGAGCAGCCGCCAUCGCCGCCGCCGUCGUCGUCGUUGCCCUCGUCGUCGUCGUCUUCGUCGUCGUCGUCGUCGUUGUCGGUCUUCGACAAUUGGGAACCAGGGACUGACGGCGGCAGCCCCCGGAGAGCAGCCCCGACCACGAGGGCGCGGCACGUGCGCUCCGUCUGCCCGGAAUGCCCGACCGAGGUGCUCCUGACCGAGAUCGUGUACGGGGCCGACAGCGGCGACCUGGCCGAGGGCGCCGAGGUCAUGCUCGACUCGUGGCAGGACUUCAGCUGCCGCCUGCCGGCGGACCCGCCGGGCCGCCACGGCCGCGUCCCGACCCGGUGCGUCUACAGGUGCUGGCCCGUCAGGCACAUGCCCCCCGUGCCGGUGCCGCUGCAGCCGCUCGACCGUGGCAGCGACAACGACGACGAUGAGGAUGAUGAUGACGACGAAGUCGAAGGAGGGUACGACCUUGACAGCGACGCCAGUAGUGUCAGGUCUGGGCAACACUACUGGUCUUCCGAGAGGAAAUCCGUGUUCCGCACGCGUGGCGGCAUCGGCGCCGCCAUAAAUCUGAUUACUGAGGCGCCACAGGCUUUGCUGACGUGGAGAGAUCCCGAAUUCAUGGCCGAUUACAACGAUCCAUGAUGUGUAAUGGGGUUAUGUGCAUGUCAGAAUUGCAAGGGGGGGCAAAAAAAAAACCGAUACCCGGAAUAGACUCUAAACAACAAAUCAUGAGUUACAUCAACCCAUCCUUCCUCUUGUAUUCCCAUCAUUAAUUUCGUCUCGAAGGAAAAGAAGAGGAAAAGGCCAAAACACAAGGGGAGCGCCAAGACAAGGGGGG